GAAGCCGGCUUUGGAGAGCCCGCUGCGGCGGCGGCAUCAUGGCGGACGUGCUAAGUGUCGGAGUGAACCUGGAGGCCUUUGCUCAGGCCAUCAGUGCCAUCCAGGCGUUGCGUUCCAGCGUGAGCAGGGUGUUCGACUGCCUGAAGGAUGGCAUGCGGAACAAGGAGACGCUGGAGGGCCGGGAGAAGGCCUUCAUUGCGCACUUCCAGGACAACUUGCAUUCGGUCAACCGGGACCUCAAUGAGCUGGAGCGUCUGAGCAAUUUGGUAGGCAAGCCAUCUGAGAACCAUCCUCUCCAUAACAGUGGGCUGUUAAGCCUGGAUCCUGUGCAGGACAAAACUCCUCUCUAUAGCCAACUCCUUCAAGCGUAUAAAUGGUCAAACAAGUUGCAGUACCACGCGGGCCUGGCGUCUGGCCUCUUGAACCAGCAGUCGCUGAAGCGUUCUGCUAACCAGAUGGGGGUGUCCGCCAAGCGCAGACCAAAGGCCCAGCCCACCACGCUCGUCCUGCCGCCUCAGUACGUUGAUGAUGUGAUCAGCCGCAUCGACAGGAUGUUUCCUGAAAUGUCCAUCCACUUAUCCAGGCCCAAUGGAACAUCAGCAAUGCUUCUGGUGACCUUGGGAAAGGUGUUGAAAGUGAUUGUCGUCAUGCGGAGCCUGUUCAUUGAUCGAACAAUAGUUAAGGGAUAUAAUGAAAAUGUCUACACGGAAGAUGGCAAGCUUGAUAUAUGGUCCAAAUCCAACUAUCAAGUUUUCCAGAAGGUGACAGACCACGCCACCACCGCCCUGCUCCACUAUCAGCUGCCCCAGAUGCCAGACGUCGUGGUCAGAUCCUUCAUGGGCCGUCAGCCGGCCGCACCGGAUCCUGACGGAACCGGCAGCUGUUCCAGCAUCGUGCCGACGCGGCCUCGUGCCCUCACCUCAGCGGGCGCCCAUCUUUCACCGCGGCUGAAACUCCCUUUGCCGCUCAUGCUCGAAAGGCUGCCAGCUGGAGACCUACUCAGAAGACCUACCUGUUCGCAAGUCCAAAUCUGUGUUGACAGCCAGCUGCCGUGGUGCUGCCCACGUAUCCCGUCACGGUUUGCCUCGGGAAGUGAGCUGCCCAGAGAACCUGCCGCUCAUUUCUUGGAAGACACAGACCCGACUUCUCGAUCGGCGCCCGCGGUGCUGGGGAGGGCGGACAAGCAGGCCCGGGCAGUCCGCAGAGCCGUGCGAGUUGUGGUUCCUUUGUGUGUCCGGAGGACAGUUCCGCCGACAGCCUCCAGCAGGCUCCUCAUUUUCAGACCUGGUUACGAAGUUACAUAAAGCUGUUCCAGGCUCCGUGCCAGCGCUGCGGGAAGUUUCUACAAGAUGGCCUUCCCCCCACGUGGAGGGAUUUCCGAACCCUCGAAGCCUUCCACGACACCUGCCGCCAGUGACCCCGCCCCAGCCCCGGGCCGGCCUCCAGGCUCUGCCCCGCACCUUCCCAGAUGAUCCCUGGAUCCCUCGGUCAGCCUGACGGCUCGGCCCCGUCCUCACCGCGUAGACUCCAGCACCCACUCCUCCCCGUGCGUAGAGCAGCACGUCCUACCUUAAGGCUGAGCCACUUGCGGAACAGAUUCCUUCUCGUUUUGAUGGGACUAAUUACCCACUGCAGGUGGUAAACGGAAGGCAGAGAAAACCUUUUAGAACUCAGAGUAAGGAACUCACGCAGCAUGCUCGUCCUUGUGUGUUGGCGAAUCAUCCUCCUGGGCCUGUGCUCUAAGUCAUGUUCACGAGCCAUUAUCGUCUGAAUAAGCUCAUGUCCGUACAUCCUGCCAUGCUGGGCGUUUUGUUUUGUAACUUUUUUUUUAACAUAUAUAUAUAUAUAUAUAUAUAUAUAUAUAUACAUAUAUAUAAAAGCAGUAAACGUUUUGUACCCAG